CCUUCUAAAGAGCAGUCAGGGUUGAUCUCCUCUAGGACUGACCAGUUGGAUGGCCUUGCGGUCCAAGGGACUCGCAGGAGUCUUCUCCAGCACCAGAGUUCAAAAGCCUCAAUUCUUUGGCGCUCAGCCUUAGCUAGGUUGCUCCAUUCAUUGGCAGCCAACCGUUUGAUUUCAAGCUCCACCAUCAUGCGCAGAAGUCAGGAGCAGUGAAGUAGGAAGGAUUUUUUUCCCCCCACGGCUCUUGUUUCUUUCUGCGCGAGGAGUUUAGCCGACUGGAGAGGCGGCGAGAGCGACGGAUGGGUUCCAGUUUGGGAGCUAGAAACACUUUGGAGAUAUUGCUGGGGGAACUGUCCAAGGACUUCCUGACUCGCCCCCUAACACGGAAUGAAGCUUGCCUCGUUCUUCUCCGUGUGGCUGUCUUCGGAGCCACCACCUACUUCAGUAUAAAGUGGGUCUCGGAUGCCCUAGACCCAGCCCAGAAGCAAAGAAUCCAGUUGAAGAAAAGAGCAGAAGACCUGAUGAAGCAGAUUGGAAUAGAGAAGCUGAAGCUGACGGAGCACGAGAUGAACAUUGUCGCUCAUUUGGUGGUUCCCAGGGACAUAAAGGUCACUUGGAACGAUGUUGCAGGCUUAGAUGAGCUGGUCAGCGAACUUCGAGACGCCGUGAUCUUACCUUUGCAAGAGACACGCUUGUUCGAGCACUCCAAGCUCUGCCAGCCCCCCAAAGGGGUCCUACUGUAUGGACCUCCAGGAUGUGGCAAGACCCUCCUUGCCAAAGCAAUGGCCCAGGCAUCCAGCUGCAGGUUCAUCAACCUUCAAGCGCCCACCUUGAUGGACAAAUGGUACGGAGAGUCACAGAAACUCACAGCGGCCGUUUUUUCUCUGGCAAUCAAAAUCCAGCCCUGCAUCAUUUUCAUUGAUGAAAUAGAUGCCUUCCUGAGGAACCGCUCCAGAACUGACCAUGAAGCCACAGCUAUGAUGAAAGCAGAAUUCAUGAGUCUUUGGGAUGGGCUCCAGACAGCAUCUGACUGCCAGGUAAUGGUGCUGGGAGCCACCAACAGGCCUCAAGAUGUGGACCCAGCCAUCCUGAGGAGAAUGCCAACAACAUUUCAUAUUGCACUACCUACCCAAAGGCAAAGACAAGAUAUCCUGAAGCUAAUUCUUGCUGGAGAAAAUAUGAGCAACGCCGUGAGCCUGAAGGAGCUGGCAGAGAAAACACGUGGUUACUCCGGCAGUGACCUGUGGGAACUGUGCCGGGACGCGGCCACGUAUCGCGUGCGUGAUUAUGUCCGAAAACAACAAAUGAGACAGAUCGCCUACUUGCUGCACCGCAGAGGGAGUGCGGAGGAGACGGACUUGGAAGAAAAUCCUUUGAGGCCACUUACUCAGCUUGACUUGCUGCUCGCCCUAGAAAAGAUGAAGGAGUCCCGAGGAGCCACUUCGACAAGGCUGAUGGAGCCAUCUUUGGACUAAGUUGGAGAACAAAGAUUAACCUCAUUGCAAUUGCUCUACUGUAGGGGGUGUCCAACCUUGGCAACUUUAAGACUUGUGGACUUUGAAAUGGUAAAUUUUGAGAUCUCCGUGUAAAAGCUUAAGAACAUGAUAGGAUGAAUUGGGUUUAGAAAACGAGAAGAAUAGAAAGAAAUUUUGAUUAAUAAAUUGAAAUAAAAAUUGAGUUGCAUACAUUUGGAAUUUAAGAUUUGUGGUGAUAAAAUUGUAAGGUAAAUAUAUAGAUUAAUAGAAUAGGUUGUCUUUGUGUUUAAUGUUCUUGCUAAAAGGAGCAAGGGAUAAAAAAAUUUAGAUAAAGCGGUAUUGAAUUUUGAUUUAUAAUUGAAUUUAUAAUUGAAUAUAAACGUGAGCUCUGCCUUAGUAGGAGAUUAGGAUGUAUGAUGAGAUAACAGAUUUAUUGAGAUGUUGGAAUUUACGUUAAAAUUGUUUGUUCUCAUUUGUUAAAUUAGUAUACCCAUUUGUGACCGGACCAAGACUUCGUUCUUGAAAAUUUUUUCUUUUUUAUGUUUAUGUUGGAAAAAAUAAAAAAAAAUUACAAAAAAAUAAAAAAAGACUUGUGGACUUCAACUCCCAGAAUUCCUCAGCCAGCCAUAGUUGGCUGGGGAAUUCUGGGAGUUGAUGUCCAUAGGUCUUAGAGUUGCCAAGGUUGGAGAUCCCUGCUCUAUUGUAAUGUUAAAGGGAAAGCUAAAAAGAACGGGUAGGAAUGAAGACAAGUGGCGGGAUGGUUCAACAAGGAAAAAAUGAACAUUAUGCGAUGGAGGGUAGAUUUUCACCAUCGGAAGGGCACUCCAAAAAUGCUGAGGAGAGAAACUUCCAACAUCUGGUGAUGCUGCCUGAGAAUUAUGGGAGUUUUUGGGGUGAUGCAAAAUUGAGGAACAUCCCUAUAAAGAAAGAAGUCAUACGAAUCAAGGGAGCCAAGAGUAUCACUCAUACAAAAUAUCAACCCAUUAUGUUGAGAUAUUGUCUGAGUAGCAAAGCAUUCUUUAUGAAGCAGUGCAGCUACUAAUUAAAGGUAGUGUUAAAGUGGGAAUAAACUGGUUUUUUUAAUCUAAUCCCUUCCCCAUUUUCUCUGCCUUUCGUCCAACAAAAGACCAUACAACAAAACUAUAGCAAAUUAUGUUUCUCAGCUGUCUCAGCCAUCCAUUCAAGGUUUUGCACCAACGUAGAAGUAAAACAUUUAAGAAUUGAAAAUAUAUCCUAUUUUUUUUUUGUAUUUGUUGUUAUUUUAUCUGUUUUCUCAAUCUGUUAUUUGAGAGGGCUUUUAAAUCAUUCCUGGAAAAAAUAUUCUUGUCCUAGAUCCCCACAGCUGAGAAUCCAUAUACAGUAGUACCUUGGUACUCAAUUGCUUUGAAACUCGUCGAAUUUGGUACUUGACGCAUUUGGACGUGAAAAUUGUGUCCUGGUACUCAUUGUUUGCUUGGUACUAGAUGCACAAGCUAGAACUUGUUGGUGUCGGCUGCCUUGUGAUUUGCUGCAUUAUUCCUUAAGGGAAAAUUUUGUUUGGUAUUCAUUGUUUUUAGUAGUCAGCAUGCCUCCCAGAACCAAUUAACGAUGGGUAAUAAGGUACUACUUAUAUAAAUUUUAUUUAUUUGGCAGCUUCGAUACUCAGUUCUAUAUUUCCUGAAGCUGCUCUUUAAAAAUAAAUAAAUAUGCUUCAAGAGGUUGGCUCAAAACUCAGACUGUUUUGGGGCCACACAUUCGAAGCACAUUUAUUUAUCGUUUUCAGACAUAAAAUAGAUUUUAUUUAUUAAAUUACUAUCGUCCGUCCCCUACAAGGUGACUCUGAAUUAACUGGGCAAUGGACUGGCAAACAGUGACAUUGAAAGACAAUAUAAUAAAAACAUCAAUCCUACUUCACUGAGAGGUUCUCCGAUUUAGCAUUCUUCAUAUAUAAGCACUCGGAAAGUUCAUAAUUUUUUCUCCUCUUUUACACUGGUAUAAAUCUUAGCACAUUGUAUUGUUUGCAUACAUUGAUGUUUGUAUAACAUGUGUAAAAUUAUUAAAGUCUAUUAAAUAGCUUAGAAUGUUGAGGGCAAAAAGAGAGAGAAAUAUAUUCAAUAUAUACAAUUUAGGAUAGAAAUGUUAUUAACGUAUUUUUUUAAAUUUAAAUCUGUAGUUGGGUGUAACAUUGAAAAAGGACUGCUACAACUCACAUCAAAAUAAUUAGAGGUUUUACUCUUAAGCUGAUUACUUAUUAAAGUUUCGUUUGUCCUGUGA